AUGCCAAGCACACACCCAGCACUCAUCAAACUCCUUCCAUGUGCUCCUAUUCAACCUGCCUCCCGCUGCUUCGGCUCCUCAAUAAUACCACAAAUCCCGUCUUCAAAGCCACCGUCCAACCCGACACCAAUCCAUGAGCCAGCUCCCUUCAACCUCUUCGCUCAAAUUCGAGCCUCGAGCCGUCCAGUCCGUUACACUAUCUACACCGGCUUUGCGCUCCUGGCGACUGCAGAGACCACUUUCUGGGUAAACGUUAUCUAUGCGAAGUACUUCGCGUCAGAGGAAGAGCAGGAGAAGGCAGACCAAUUGCUAGAGCGCGUGCAGUUAGCUGUUAAGGGGUAUAGAGCGACGUGGAUGAAGAACUACGGAGAUUAUUGGGGUGCAAACUUGUGGGGGCUGUAA